CUCGCUUUGCAUGCGAGAGGCACGGGGUUCGAUCCCCCGCAUCUCCAGUUUUUCACUAUCUUUAUUCUUUUUCAGAAGCUUGAUUUUGAGAGCAACAAGUCCAAUUUCACUUUGAGCAUGAGCGCGCCAAUAAUGAGCCACCUUAUCCAAUCAUCAUCCUCUUCCACCGCAUCUCCUCCGCCACUUCACACCACCAUCACUUCACCGCCACUUCCUCCUCAUCAACAACUUCAUCUCCGUCGCCGAGACGCCGCCGCCGUUUUACUCUCCGUCUUCUCCCUCUUUCCUUCUCUCAAUCAACCUCCCAAAGCUGCUGCACUCUCCUUCGGCAUUUCAGGACCAAAGGAUUGGCUGAGAGAGCAAAAGAAGAAGGCGUCUAAAUUCGUGUUAGCACCUAUCGAUGCAUCUCGCAACAGCCUUCAGUUUGCUUAUCAGUCUCUCACGAAUGGCAAAUUAGAUUACACUACUAAGGACUUGGAAGAUGUUCAGAGGCUGCUUAAAUCAGCUGCCAGGGAUUGUAUCCUUGAAGAUCGUGAUUCGUUGAUUACUUUUCAAGCUAAUACUGGAGUUGAAGUGUGCACAUUUAAGUUGGUUGUGAACAAUGCAGCAUCAUUACUUGACGAUAAAGAUCCAGUGAAGUUGGAAGCUGAAGCUAAACUCAGUGACCUCGUAAGAUCUUUCACCUCACUUAGUGGCGUGGCAAAUGCUGUUGAUAUUCAGCUUGCCUCAAACAGACAGAAGAUGGCAGAUGCACUCAUGGAUACAAUAGCUUCACUCAACAAUUUUGAGCAGGGUAUCAAGGAUUGUCUUGAAAUUUGAUCAUGCUGAUCCUUCAGUAUGGAGGCUUUGGAGUAUGUUACAAUAUUUUCUGAACUAGGUCUUGUUUUAUGCGAUAUUUUGUAUAUUAUCUUUGUUAUGAUUGUUACUGAAAAAAUAUAUCACCUUCCGUAUCGAGUGGAAGGCACUAUUGAAAGAUAUGUUUUUGCUAGCUAUCACUUUAAACAUUUGCAGCAGUGUUAUGAAUAUUUCUGGCACAUUUAGAUUUAUUGAGGCAAUCCAGCUUAUGUGCUUGUGCCUUCAAUGCACUGUAAAAUACACCUUUACCUCUACCAUCUGGUAUAAUAUCUUAUAUCUCAAUGCAUCUGAUAGAUGAUAUUGUUC